AUGGGUGAUAGUGAAACAGUUGUUGCUCAAUCAUCAGCUAUCCAAGAGCAUCCAUCAACUACAGUUAAUAGAGAUUUGGCUGCUUCUACAGGUAUCGAUACCAUGGAUGUAGACAAUAUCAUUCCUCAUGAGGAUGAUCAAGCAUCCAUCCAGGUAAAGAUUGGAAGAAAGAAAGAGUUUGACGCAGCCCUAAGAAAACUUAGAGGGAAGGAUGCUGAUAUAUCUGAGGAGGCGGAUGAAAUCCAGGAUUAUAUAGAAACACUACAAAAGCUCCCGAAGGCCAAAAUAUUCGAUUUGUUUCAGAGAAGAUAUUUGCGAUCUGUCACUUGUACAAAAGAAACUCAUUGCCUUGUGGACUGUGAAACUGUGUCCAAGUGGAUAAUGAAGAAAAGUGCAGAGUCUGAAAAUAUGAAUUGGUAA